CACCAAGACCCAUGAGCAAUAACCGUCUUCCUAUCGGUGUAGGCCAUCUUCUGGACCGGAGAAGGGAUUUAAAAAUAUAUUUUUAAUGAUUUUCCUGCUAAUCAUCAUUUGAAACACCUUAUGUAGUAUAAACGCACAGAAGAGGAGCGGCCGCUUCUUAACAGCAGUAACAUCAAACGGGUCCACCAUUAACUUAAUUUUCUUUUCCUCCAUGCAUCUGAAAAAAUGUCUUCUUUAGAGAAAGAGUUGUUCUUGAGUAAAUUGCCUUCGCGACCACCGAUGCGGCCAGGUCUUCAGACGGGGUCCAAAAUGAGGAUGGGCCCUGGAAGAAAACGGGACUUCUCACCAGUGCCCUGGAAUCAUUAUUUUGAAACAAUGGAAGAUGUCAUAAUUACGAGGGGAAUAAGUAAAGAUUCUUUUCGAAUCUACAAAAGUGGAUCUGAAGGACCUGUCCUUUUAUUAUUACAUGGAGGAGGCCAUUCAGCCCUCUCCUGGGCAGUUUUUUCUUCCUUGAUUAUCAGUCGUGUUAAAUGCAGAGUUGUGGCAGUAGACCUGCGAGGCCAUGGUGAUACAAAAGUCGUAGACAGUGAUGAUCUUUCAGCAGAAAACAUGUCCAGGGAUGUUGGAGAUAUAAUUGACACACUAUACGGUGCAGAUGCUCCCCCAGUUCUGUUGAUUGGCCAUAGUAUGGGGGGAGCAAUAGCAGUUCAUUGUGCAGCAAAGAAUCUUGUUCCAUCUCUCCAGGGCCUCUGCGUGAUUGAUGUGGUGGAAGGCACAGCAAUGGACGCUUUAAACAGCAUGCAAACGUUUUUACGAAGUCGGCCGAAAAUAUUCAACUCUGUUGAGAGUGCCAUUGAAUGGAGUGUUAAAAGUGGUCAGAUACGAAAUCUGGAAUCGGCAAGAGUAUCCAUGCUUGGUCAAAUAAAACGAUAUGAGGAAGAGCAGAAUUCUCCAGGGAGCUCUCACGCUUUUGUAGACACUGCUAUUAAUGAAGAAGAAGAAGAGGAAGAAGAAGGAGGAAUCGCAAAGAAGGAGAAAAAAAAUGAGCCAAGCAUAAGUAUAAAAGAAGACAAACCGGAGUACACAUGGCGUAUUGAACUAUCUAAAACUGAGAAAUACUGGGAAGGGUGGUUCAAAGGUCUAUCUAACCUCUUUCUGAGUUGCCCAGUCCCCAAACUCCUAUUACUAGCAGGUGUUGAUAGAUUGGAUCGAGACCUCACGAUUGGUCAAAUGCAAGGAAAAUUUCAAAUGCAAGUCCUACCACAGUGUGGCCAUGCUGUACAUGAAGAUGCCCCAGACAAAGUAGCAGAAGCACUUGCAACAUUUAUGAUUCGUAACAAGUUUACAGAAUCAAAGGGUGAUAUCCAAAGCAGUUUCCCCAGUUUUUAAUAGAUCCAGCAGCCUUCAGAUUCAACUUUGCGUCUAGCUGCACCAGGGGCCACUGUGAAGUAUCCACAUAUUGCCAUCCACCUAAUCUAAUACAGAGAAGCUGGGAAUGACAGAAGUCCAGAUUCCUCCACCACUCCACUGCAUUCAUUGGUAGAAUCUGGCACUGCACAAUGGUUGAAUAAUACAACCUGUUUGUGAUUCGAAGAUUAAAAUCAAUUAAAAGGGGAUUGCUUGCUCAGACAGUGUAUUUCUUUCUUGCACACAUUUUUGCUUUAGAACCUGGGAGCAUUUACUUUUGUACUGUUGGUUAAAGAUUUAAGAUGUGCUUUGGAACUGUGUGUUUGAGAUAGUAAUGCCUGUGGUUAAGUUUGAGCGAGUUUUAAAAUUGAAUUUGUUAUUCUUCUAGUGAAGUAUUUCCAAAGUCAGAAAUCAAAGAAAUAAAAAGAGAAAUACAAGUGCAAGUUUGCAGGACAACCCAACCAAAUACAAUAAGCUGCUGGAUUUUGGUUUGCAACUUUAGCUGUUAGAGUGCAAAUACUCCUACUCGACACCCAUACUGAGGCAUAAUCUGAUUUAAAAUGACUUUAGAAUGUGCUUCUGGGAUCAAACUAUAUUGGCCUUAAUUGUUGACAAACAAAUGAUUUUGCACAUGUUUUGAUUUCUAUUGUGACGAGAUAUGAUGUUUAUUUCAUUUAGUAUGAUCCAAAUUGUUUAUGGGGAAAAAAAGUAAGUGUUUAGAUCAUAGUAACACUAUUGUCUUAAGAUGUUGGCUGGUGGAACACAUGGGUGACAAAAGAUCACUUAUAUUUUACUUUACUCAGCAAUGUGUCAUGUUUUCUUGUUAUCAGGCAAAAUAGCUGCAUGAGGGUAUCCACCAGAUCUAUACAGCAUCCAUAUUCAUUACAGAUUUAAAAAUAAUUUUAGUACAAUAUAUACCUAGAAAGAGUCAGCUGAUCCUCUGAACUGUUGAGAUAACUUUUUCCAAGUCUUCUUCAAUGUAAGGCUGGACUCAUUUCACUAAGCGUGAAGCAUAAGAAUGGAACAAAGCUCGCCAAGGUCACCGAAAAUGCACAAAACUGCUCACAUCAACAGAGAGUAUCUGCUGCAAGUACCCAACAGAUCAGAUGGCAUCUAUAAAGGAAACGGCUGAAAUGUCUUUUUUGGGCUACUUUAUUAGAUGUUUCUGUAACUGGAAUUUUGCACUGCUACAUGUGGACAUUGUUAUUGCCAAUAAUAUUGACAUUAAAUAAGAAAAAGUGAGGUUUGGUUUUAUUUAGAAAGAUGACUAAAACUCUGAUCUCACUUGCAAAUCUGAUAAAUUGUGAUGAAAAAUCAAUAUUCUAUUGUAGCUGAAGAGAGGGAGGAUGGUGAGAGAGAGAGUCAGGGCUUAGGGUUGAACUACCAUUCUCAUUCCAGACUCCAGCAGUAUUUUAAUUGCUGUUCUUCCUUUGUGUGCCCAAUGUGCUCACCUAAAAUAGGUCUUUGGCUCUUUAUUGUACUAAUUGCAGCCGGGUACCUAAUGUCAGACUUCUCCCAAAUUGAAAAAUAUAACUGCGCAUAACAGCAGCUGUCUGCAUUUUCAGACAUAAAGUGCUGGAGUAACUCAGUGGGGCAGGCAGCAUGAACAGGUGACGUUUCGAGGCAGGCCCCUUCUUUCUGGUGGCUGGUGACCUAUUCAUGUUCUCCAGAGAAGCUGCCAGAGGUUCUCCAGAGAAGCUGUCAGAGGUUCUCCAGAGAAGCUGUCAGAGUAUCUCCAGCACUUUAUAUCCUCUUUUGUAAACCAGCAUCUGCAGUUCCUUGUGUCUGUAUUUUAAGGUUCUCCAGCUCCACCACAGCCUAACCAGCUGCCUUUCAAGGCACAUCCUUCUGGCACCCAUUUGUCAAUGUAGCCCACCAGUACCACAUUCAUGAUGUUUACAUAUGUAAUUAAGAAGGCCACCCUGAAAGGGAUGAGUACAAUGCUGAUUUGCCUCAGAUCAUGAUUGUAUAGGAUGGCUGUGGAUGACCAUUUGGACAAGUGUAAUGUCUCUCCAAAGACAUUGGAUUUUUUACAUUUUCUUUCCUCUACUCUUUUCUCUGAAAGUUCAGCCUGUAUGUCUACAUUGAUUCGAGGUCAUAAUUCCAAACUUAACUGUUUCUCUUUCCACAGAUGCUGCCUGUCAGGUAGAAAGUUUCAAGCCUUUUCAGUUUUUAGUUCUGUAUACUUUUUAUCUUUGUAGAUAAUGGAGCACUUCUGAAAUCAGAUCUAGAUUAGCCCUUUACUAACUUAAUAUGCAACACUUAUAUUCAAGACGGACACUUGCAGCAAAUUUUAUUUCAUCUUGUUCUUUAGAUAUUUGCUUUCUGGUCUGAGAACUCUAAAGCUAUUUGACUCCCACUAUUGUUUUCACAAAUGGUGAAUAAAGAUAAAUAUACUUAAGCCUGUUUCCUACAAAGUAUUAGCACAAAUUAUAUAUUUUUAAAAUAAAAGGAAAAUUUAUAUUUUAGAAUUACAAAUUUGAGCGUCAAUAUAUAGACUAACUUCAGUGAGAAAGGCAAUGGAUACACAUUUUCUUUCUGAAUGAGGCUUUUUACUUAAUGCCAACUUUCAAUGCUUUAGUAAAGUUUGAUUUAACUGAGAAACUGCCCAGAACUGUUUUCUUAUUUUUUACUUGGAAAUAUUAUUGGUAAAAUUUGGAAGCAGUUUUGUUUUAAUUUUACCUUCAUUAUGGAUCCACAACUUUAAGAUCUUGUUAAAUCCCAACUAAGCCUUUAUAAGAAGUGAACAAAACUAAAAAUUAAUUUGUAAUUUGCAAGUUGGUAGAACUUCAUGUUUCUCCAACGCCUUGGUAUCUUUAUUCCUGUUUUUAUUCAGGCUUGUUCUUGCCCUUUUGUAAAUGUACCUUUACUUAUUGAAAUUGUGAAUAAAUGUCAGAUAUAACCUAGGAGAGUAAGUCUGCUUAAAUUAAUAGAUUAGUACAGAACUAGCGUAGCAUUUUAGCUAUUAAGUUCUUUAAAGGUUUCUGCUAAAAUUAUCUUGGUGUCUGGAACAAAUACAUAACGGUAAUGGGAAUGAUUUUCCAAAUAUACACUUGGAUUUUUUUAAACAUGAUUUAGAGACAAAGUUCAGUGCAAGGUGGCGAGUGCUCAAGAAGUGGUUUAUUAAUGUAGCACUUGAUCCUGCAUGUAAAAUCAAACAUUCCCUGAAAAGUGUAUGAGAAUAUUUUGCUAGGUUCCAGAGGGUGAGUAAGUUCUUAGCACCAAAACAACUUGCUGUUCCCACUGAGAGUAAAAGAUCACAAAUAUUUUAACCAGAGAAAAAUAUAAAGCUAAUCGGAUGGGGAUUGAAAGAAAUGUGUGGUUGGAUGCAAAUGUUCUGAACAAAUUUGACGUAAGAUGAGUAAUGCUGUGCUCACUAAAUCUGGAUUUCCACAAUUACUUUGGUUCUAAAUGUCCAAUGUGUGACAUUCCUGCUUCAUUUCCUCAUGGUAGUGUAAAAGUGCGAAGUAAAACGCUUAAGUAGGAAUAUCUUGAAAGCAACUGCAAUCAGCAUGCUAUUUUUUUAAUUUGGGAGACUGCAAUCUGCAGCAAUUGCUGCACUUCUGUUUCCUUGUCAGCAGAUGCAAAAUUGCAUCAUGCCUGGGGCAUCCUGAGUGAAUGCAGCAAUGUCCAAAUUUCUCUGUGCACAAUGCAAUCAUGCAUGUUAGCAUCAAUUAGUAGGGGUAUAUGCUUAACAUAUGUGCAUUGUGUCACAUCUUUGUGAUAUGAGUAAUAAUGUGGAUGGCAAAGUGAAAGUAAUGCUUGUUUAAGAAUUUGCUCUGGGGUUAUUUUGGAAUUUCAUUUACAUUGAACUGGCCAAUAUUUACAAGUGUCUUAUUCUAUUUCAGCGUCUUAAAAAAAAACCCAAUACAGGCAAAUGUGACUUACUUUUCCUAAAGUCCAACUGUUGCUAUAAUACUUAGUCAGGAUCUUACCGCUGUGGUUUAAACCAAGAGCGGAUGUUACUAUUCAAACCAGAGUAAGUUUACUCAUGAACAAGGUCUAGUAUGCAUCAGCAUUGUUUUGUAGAAGAAACUCAAUAAUAUUGUUUAGUAUUAAGAGACCUUUUGCAUGAGAAUCUACACAAUUCUAUCCUAGAAAAAUUAUGUUUGCAAGAAUUUAAAUGAUUGCAGGUUUAAAUUCAUUCUGUUUCUAGAGAGGAAAUGUAUGAAACAGAUGGAUGAAAUAAAUUAAUUUUAUUUCAUUUCUCGCUUGCACUCCAAGGCCAUGUUGUUCAAUAACUGUGAAACAAUUCAUUUUGUAGUUAGUAGUGAAACUAUUGUGGAACUUUAUUUGCUUAUUUCAUUGAACUUGCUGUAAUGAUUAUUUUACGCAAGGAAUAAAUUCAAUACCAGAGUGUGAAA